GACUGGUUCCUCAGCUAAAGAGCAGUACCUUGGACAGAGCAGUGCUGGGCAGGCUUGUGGGAGCAGAUUGGAGCUCUGGCCCAGAUACCUGCCAGGCUGCAGCCCUUGCUAGAAGGGGUCGAGACGGUGCAUAUGGCCAAAAGGGAAGUGGCCCAGGGAAACUAGGCAGACAAGAGGGGAGGGAAGGAGGACAGAGGGAGGCUGCCACUAGAGGGUCCCUGGGUCACUACCCAGAAUAGCGGGCAGGCCUGGGUCCCCUCCUUUCCCCCCUUGCAUUACCCCUGGCCACUGAGGAGAGGGGCCAAGACAGACUAUGACCUGCUGCUGAGAUGAGGGGCUAGAUGCUAAGGUUGUGGUUGGCCACUGAGGUGGGGCAAACAAAAGGACUGCUGUUAACCCCUUCUCUGCCCCCGCCCCUGGAAGGGGGUGAGACCAGAGUAGUGGGAACUGCCAGAGGGCAGUGUCCUGAAGAGGACCCCACUGAGAAGGGAGCAAUGUGGGUCCCAGGGCAGCAGAAUGGAGACAACUGGUGAGCUACCAUGUGGCGAGGAUGCCCUGGAGCGGUCAAGAGCUAAUUCCCAGAGUGACCGGCAGGGUCUGCCAACGGUGGAUUUAAAUGUCACUCAAAACAUCCUCAAAUCAGUUUUCUGCUCGUCUCUGCUUUCUUCCGAAGCAUUAAUUCGGCCCAACACUGCAUUUCAGCUGCUCUGGUGUUUUACUCAGAAAGGAAAUUUGCUCCAUCUCCAGCAGCAACCACUGCUCCUUUUGAUGUUGUGGUACGCCGUGCGCAUGCGCCUCACAUUAGAAUUACUGCACUGGCCAGAAUAAGUUGGAUCUCUUCUCCUCUUCACUGAAACCCUAAAUCAUAUCAAAAGCUAAAGGGAUGUUGAGAGUCCGGAAAAGGGGCUACUUUGGAAUUUGGUCAUUCUUCUUAAUAAUAGCCAUGGUGUGUGCACAGAGUGUCAAUGACCCUAGCAAUAUGUCGCUGGUAAAAGAGACCGUGGAUAGACUGCUGAAAGGCUAUGACAUUCGCCUGAGGCCAGAUUUUGGAGGUCCCCCAGUGGCUGUUGGCAUGAACAUAGACAUUGCCAGCAUAGACAUGGUAUCAGAAGUCAAUAUGGACUAUACUUUGACAAUGUACUUUCAGCAAGCGUGGAGGGAUAAGAGGCUGUCGUAUAAUGUAAUACCUUUAAAUCUUACACUGGACAAUAGAGUAGCUGAUCAGCUUUGGGUUCCUGAUACCUACUUCUUGAAUGACAAGAAAUCAUUCGUACAUGGGGUCACUGUGAAGAACAGAAUGAUUCGUUUGCAUCCAGAUGGAACAGUCCUCUAUGGUCUCAGAAUUACAACAACAGCUGCUUGUAUGAUGGAUCUACGAAGAUACCCGCUGGAUGAACAAAACUGCACACUGGAGAUUGAGAGCUAUGGCUACACAACAGAUGACAUUGAAUUUUACUGGCGUGGGGGUGAUAAUGCAGUCACAGGAGUGACAAAGAUUGAACUGCCACAAUUCUCCAUUGUAGACUUCAGGCUUGUCACCAAGAAUGUUGUUUUCUCUACAGGUGCCUACCCAAGGCUGUCUCUCAGCUUUAAACUUAAGAGAAACAUUGGCUACUUCAUUCUGCAGACCUACAUGCCUUCCAUUCUGAUCACUAUCCUCUCCUGGGUUUCAUUCUGGAUUAAUUAUGAUGCCUCAGCUGCAAGAGUUGCUUUAGGAAUCACAACUGUGCUCACUAUGACAACGAUCAAUACCCAUCUUCGAGAGACUCUUCCCAAAAUUCCCUAUGUGAAAGCCAUUGACAUGUAUCUGAUGGGAUGCUUUGUCUUCGUUUUUAUGGCCCUGCUGGAAUAUGCAUUGGUCAACUACAUCUUCUUUGGCCGGGGACCCCAACGUCAAAAGAAAGCGGCAGAAAAAGCUGCCAGUGCCAACAAUGAGAAGUUGCGAAUGGAUGUCAAUAAGGUCUUUUAUAAAGAUAUUAAACAAAAUGGGACCGAAUUCCGAUCCCUGGACCCCACUGGAAAUCUCUCCCCAACUAGACGGACUACCAAUUACGAUUACUCUCUGUAUACGGACAGAAGAAUAAUUGGCACAUAUCAUUGUCCAGAAAUGUAUUCAACAAAGAUGGAUCCACAUGAAAACAUUUUGUUGAGCACACUUGAAAUUAAAAAUGAGAUGGCUGCCUCCGAGGCUGUUAUGGGGCUUGGGGACCCUAGAAGCACUAUGCUGGCCUAUGAUACUUCAAGCAUCCAGUACCGGAAAGCUGGCUUGCCCAGACACAGCUUUGGUCGCAAUGCCCUGGAGCGACAUGUGGCACAAAAGAAAAGUAGGCUACGGAGACGUGCCUCUCAACUGAAAAUUAACAUCCCUGACUUGACUGAUGUAAAUGCCAUAGAUCGAUGGUCACGCAUAUUCUUCCCUGUUGUUUUUUCCUUCUUCAAUAUUGUCUAUUGGCUUUACUAUGUGAACUAAAAAACAAAGCCACACAGAAAGCAAGAACUGGAUUUCUCUUCAAUUUGGUUGUACAGCCAAAAGUGGGACUUAGAAAAAUUCUAUUCAGGACAAAAGUUACUUUAAAACACCUUAGUUGCUGGCCCACUCUACGGUCUGUUUUAUAAUGUUUCGGUUGCUUCUGCUAAGUCAUAAACACAUUCUUAGUUACAGUAGAAACCUGUUCCCCCUUUUAAAAAUGUGGGUGUAUAUGAAGAGUGAAGGCAAAAUUACAUUCAAUCAUUUUUUUUCAACACUCAUAUCUGAGUUUAAACCUUAAACUAUAAAAAAGGGAAAUUUGGGAGACAGGUUUGAGUUUUAACAGCAGAAUGUGUCAUUUCUUUGUGAAAUUGCACAUAGAGUACAUAUGCAUCUAUACUUGAUUAGAGAGUGUACUAAGAUGCUAUCAUGCUUACGAAACAUAUACAUUACCUUCUAAAUGUGUAAACUUGAAAACAAGUAGUGCCUAUCAUCUCACCUUCAUGAUGAUGAUGGUUAAAGAUUUCUGAGCAGUAGUCAGGUAAUUGCUAUUUUUUAAUUGAAAGACUAAACCUUUGACUGAUAUUAUAAGUGGGUCAGGAGUUUGCACAGAAACUUAAGCAAGUAACACUAGUUUUGGAUUUUAAAGAGUUGGCAUAAGGUCAUAGUCACAAUUCAUUGUACUUUUGAUAUGUGGGGGAAUGUGGAAAUCAGAUUUAGAGAUGGACCACAACCUAUCAUGGCCUAAAUGGUGGACAUGUUGAUAUGCUCAGUUGCUGGGAGAUGGAGUCAUUUGUCCAAAGUGCCAAAUGUUGAUUGGCCAAAUAAUAACUUUACAGAUGACUAAUGGAAACCAUUGGUGCCCUGCUCUUUUAGGAUAGAAAAAGGGAGACAAGUGGCAACCAUUCAAGAAUGCAGCCCCAGAGAAAAGGAAGGCUAGAAUUAUAUUGUACAAAUGAAUGUUGUCAGUCAUAGUCCCUGUAUUAGUCCUAAAGGUUCAUAUGGAAUUGAGCGUUUUCUUUCAGGUUUGUAGGCUUCUGUGCCUUACACCUGAGAAUGCUUUUAUAUUUAGCAUCUAACAUCCAAUUUAAAGAGAGUUGUUGAGAGAGCAGACUGUUACAGGAAUUAAUAUCUUAGCUGUUUGAAGAAUUCAGAUUUCAGAAAGUUUCCAGUUUUAUAACUUCAAUAGAAAAUUUACAGAUAGGAUAUUUUCUCCAGCUGGACUAGACAGUGCCAUGCAUUGGUUUUUUUUAAUUUAAUAAGAUAUUAUAAAGGGAAUGAUUUGGUAGGCAUGCCUUUAAGAGAUUAACUAAGCUUUUCAGUAUUUCCUGCUUUAGAAGGUCUAAUGGCUUCCUUUAAAAACGCAUAAUUCAAUUUUGCAUUAGAAAAUAUGGGAGUUUUUUCUUUAAAAAAAAAUAGUAUCCUCUUGUUUUUCCUUCCAUGUAAUUUUAUUUUUUUUAUAGGAGAACUAUUCCUAAAGGACGAGGCAAGGUAGAAAAUGUGCUCAUGUAACGAAAAAUAAAAAUUGACAACUGUGAUAAGAAAAAAUCACCAAUUUCUAAUGACUUCUACAGAAUUAUUCGCUCUACUGUUCGACGAAAAAUAGUUAUGAUAGCAGCAGCCACAUCCUAUUGUAACUAUGCUACCUCUCAGCUAUAUACAGAUUUCUUAAAAGAACCACAAAUUCCAGCAUGCUCUGAAUAAUAAUAUUUCUGAUAUAGUAGAGGCAAAUUUACAGCUGUGUUUUCCCUAUUUAAGGAUUCAAUUGCCGUCCUUUUAAGAAUGAUUCCUUAACGUUUUUCAUAAAAAGCAGAUUUUUUUUCUCUUUCCUUUAAAAAAGUAGUAGCUCGUGGAAAUUUCUGUGGAGGGGGCUUAGGGGAGACAAAAGAUUAGAGGAAAACAUCUUUGAGAAUUAAUAGGCCAAGUUUACUCCAUUAUUUUUUACUUCGCUUCCACACUACCAUGGGCUUCUGUUUCAGAAAGAGAGAAAAAAUAGCUUUGAAUGUUAUUGGGAAAGAACCUGAAAAUUAGAUGCACUGAGUACCCACAACUCUCUUUUUUAGGGGAAUGGUGGGUACUCAGUACUGCCUCUAUGGUCAAACCCUGAACUGCAUGUAGAUUCAAGCCUUUGACCAUGUGAUUAGCCUUUCCAUGACAUUCACACGAGUUCGCAGUGCAUUUCACAAACCAGAACAAUGUGCUUUUUUAGAUGCAUAUGAAGUUUGAACUUCUUUGAAUCAUGCAUGUAAACUCAUCCUAACUUCUCGGGAAAGGAUCCACACCACAAAUUGGUAACAGUCUUAGAAGUCGAUUUUUUAUAUAUGGCACCCUUUGUGAUAAGCUAAUGCUGUCUUAUACACACAGUUUUCAUUCAAUGCACUAAGAGCCUUUAACACUUGUGUUUCUCAGAAGCAUACUUUAAAUACAGGGAACACAGUGCACACACAUGGUAGAGAUGCCUCAAAUAUAAAACCUAAUAGAGAGUAUGUUUACUCUCCUGCAUUGGUUUAGCAGGUCGGCUGUAGUCAAACCCAGGGAGAUCAGAUCCUAGUACUGCAUAUUAAUUUAUCUGAAGUUAUAGUACAAGCCAUAAUACUCUCUAAUGUUGCUAUUUGUCGGGUAAGAGAAAAUGUCUGGUUUCUGCUCAGGUGUCACUGGGAAGAAUGUAUCAAUAGGAGGAAGGAGCACUUUAAUUUCCUUUUGGCUACUAAUGUCAUGUACAAAAACUUUUGGAAGACCCUUCCAAAUAUGGAUUGGUAUAAUUUUGUACUAAAGCUAAACACUGUGAUGUGAAUAGGGUGGGAGGUGGGGGUAGUGUAGGGGAGGAGAACUGACAAGACCCUGGUAUGGAAGAACCAGAACCAAGGGAGUGCGAGUCAUUACCUCCUCUUCUUGGGACAUUUGUGACAAAAGUGAUAAAUUAUGCCAGCGUACAACAGCUGUGCUUUUUAUCAUGUGUACUACCCUCUGAGUAAAUUAGACCAACCAGACUAGCUUUUAUCUUAGAAUUUACCUAAAAAAAAUACUCCAAACCUUUCCACUCCUGUUCACUGUUGUUAGAUCCACUAACUAAAGUAUUAGUUAUAAUUUAGAUAAUGUUUGUAAUAUAAUUAGAAAUAGACAUGUUAUUUCAUUAUACAGAACAGCCAGCAAUUAAGGUGUUUUUCAUCUUUGUGAAAUUCAUGGGAAAAUUAUGACUAUAAUAUGGCACAGUUUUAAUUAAUGAUAUAUUUGAGAUCAAUAUGUAAAUAUAAACUGUAUAUGACUGCUAGUAAGUAUGAUAUGCAUUUUCAGAACUGAAAACUCAUGCAACAUAUUUCUGUGUUUGCAUAAGGAAUGUUACGUUUCUAUCCUAUUGCGGUUUAAUGACUGGGAAGAAAGACUCAAGCAAUGUCAUUCUGAAUAUUUCCUUUAUCAUUCCCGGGGGUGGGAUGGAGAACCAGAGUCUUAAAUAAUAUGUUACAGAAUACUUCAGAGAGUUUUUACACUCUAAUACAAAGGACAUAAAAUGCGUCAGGUACAAAAGCACAAUGCAUAAAGAAAGUGAGGGAUGGUCUUAUACCUAGGGAAAAAAUCCUGUUCAUUUUAGGCAACGUGUGCAUUAAAAUUAAAGGUCAAAUAACUUUUACUAUAAAUAUUAAACCGUGUUCCAAUUCCAUAAUUAACACAGUACUUAACAUAAGAGAAGUAAACAAAUGUUAAACAUUAUCCAAGUGUAUGUG